AUGAUUCCUAGCGUCUCCGCAUCGAAGCGGAAGUUGCGAAUCACCUCACUGACCACCGCUCUCACCCUCCUCCUCGCCACUAUCACCCCGACUCUCGCCUUCAAACCCAACGCAGCUUACUAUGGUGCCGGUCGACGAAUUCCAAUGGACUCAAUUCGAACCCUGACCUUUUACUCCGACAAACGCACCACUUAUCGCCGUACCUCACCUCUCCCCCAACUCACCUGCGUGGGCAGUAUGUGUUCACGCUAUAGACCAGAUGUAAUCCAAUGUCAAGCAAUGGGUGAUAACCAGUGGAAAUGUUCCGCUGAUCUACCAUCGACAAUGCGACUGGGUAGGGUAGAGGUCAGUUGUGAAGGGUAUGAUUAUGCGGAUGACCCCUUUGUUUUGAAGGAUAGUUGCGCACUGGAGUACCAUUUGUUGCCUAGUGAAAGGGGUCCCGAUGAUCCCUGGCGGAACUAUAGGCUGGGGAGGAAAGGUGCAGGUGAAAGCAUCCUUGAGGGUUUGUUUCAGUUGGCAUUUUGGGGAAUUCUCGGGGCGAUAGUUAUCGGGUUCAUCAGAGCUAUUAGGGGUAACGCAGCAGCGACAACAGCAGGAGCAGGCGGUAGAGGCGGCUGGGGAGGCGGUGGGGGAGGCUGGGGUGGUGGAGGAUGGUGGCCAGGAGGAGGAGCAGGUGGAUUUGGAGGCGCACCACCUCCUCCAUACACAGCAAAACCAGAACCAGGCACAUCCACCGACUCUAGCUCUUCCUCUUGGCGACCAGGAUUUUGGACAGGGCUGGGGUUGGGAGGUCUAGCAGCAACCGCUGCUGCGAACAGGCGCAGAACUCAACCGAGCUUCUUCGGUGCUAGUGACUACGAUUAUGGUUAUGGCGGAGGAGGUUUUGGUGCCGGACCGUCAAUGUUCGGCGGAGGCGGUGGUGGGAGGAGAAGAGGUUGGGACGAUGAUGAUAGAGGGAUAGGCGGGUCAGGGAUGGGUGGGUUUAGGGAGAGUACUGGGUUUGGUGGUACGAGGAAUCGAUAG